AUGUCGAGCGAAGAGCUUGAAGUUGCACUCAACGCUCGUGUCAACUCGCAGACAUCAGAAAUCACCAGCGAGUGCACCACUGGCAACUGCACGUUCACGCAAGUGUAUAGCACGUUGGGAUACUGCGGCUACUGCAAGGAUUCUUCACAUGACAUUGUCUUCAAUCAAACCUGCUACCAGCACAACCGUACAGAGUCACGUCACGGCUAUGGAGCCUACAGCUACUUUCAAGACUGUGCCACCGGCCAGUUUGAGAACAUUUCUUCGACUCUGCCUUCGGGCGUUAGUUCUGUGUUCUCGAGUGAAAUCCAGAUCGGCGAAUCAGUCGACCUGUUGAAGAUGGAUUUCCACGAAGAGGAUUAUGCAGAUGUUUCGGACCCGGUUGGAAGUGUAACCGCCUUUCGGGCUGAUUUGUUGGUCGGGAAGACAAUCAUGUCGGGCAAGGGCAUCGACAUCCUCACAGGUAAGAAUUUUACGGACUGCAAUGGCACAGCGAGCAAAAACACAUGGCGUUGUCGAGGGUACGGUGCCGCGACCUGUAGGUUGCAACCUUGCGUCCGCCGGUACAAUGCUACUGUGACCGCAGGCCGCCUGACAGAACAACUGCUGGAUUAUUCUCCAGAUAUACCUUGGGGCAGCGGCCAUCAUACCACCAUGGGUUCAUCUUCGUUCUGGGCCCUGCUCGACACUCGCUGCGUUUCGGCUGAGGAGGAAGCCCGAGUGGUCGAGCAAGGAUAUCAUAUGAACGGAUCGACCCCUUGGAUUCCCUUCAACAUUACGUCGCCACUGUCGGCUUCAAAUGAGGACACGGGGGAACUUUUGCAAUCUUUAUUGGAAAAGAAGUGCCUCUUCCUUGUUGGGGAAGGGUUUACAAGCUCGCUGGGAAGCCACAUGGCUUUCAAGCUUGGCACCAUCAAAGGUGUCAUAGGCGGCGCGUCACUCACCGCUGGACAAGGCGCUGGUGUUCCACAGGGACCGCCGAUGCUACAGAGGAUUUACGACUAUGGGAGGGUUGAUCUGGACCACAUCCAAAGUACGUACAACUUGAUCGCUGAAGGGCUCACCGAGUACAUCCGAAUGCAUGGCAACGCAUCAUUCUCGGAGCCGGCAACUGGGCAAGUGCAUCACUUUGCGACAUGUUUGAACGUCACGUGGCAGUGGAUUGCUUUCCCAGCAGUAUUGUCUCUUGCGACUCUAGUCCUGUUUGUGUUGACCGUCGCCACGACCACAGCUCAGAAGAUGCCUGUGUGGAAGUCGUCGCCCUUAGCCUGGAUUUGCCGCGGCCCAACAACGGCUGGAUGGUCGAGUCGCGACGAAGGUGAUGGGCCGCCACUCACGAAACACGGAAUGGAAGCUUGGUCGAAAACGUUUGCUGUAAAACUGUCUGGAAGAGAUGACCCUGUGAUUAAGAGGGACUUGAUGCCCUAUGCGAGCCGACGGGAACACUGGAUAGGACGCUAG